AUGGAAUUAGAGCAGGACAAUAAUUCAAUAGAAGAUUUUUAUGAAAAGCAUAAGAAGCUCUCAUCUGCAAAUCAGUUAAAAGCGAGAUUAUGUAGAUUAAAUAUGCCUUUGAAUGAACUAGUAGAUAGAUUAUUUAAACUUGAAGUGCUAGAGAGACAUUUCAGCUAA